CUUCGUCAUGUACCCUCAGUAAGCAAUCGACAAUAAACCGGUAACAAGUGGUUCGUAACACCGAGUGCCUUACUACACCACAGUGCUACUAAAUGGAUUGUUAACAAAGAACAAAAACUUGAAACAUUUUUUAAAAUAAAACUGUAAAAAGUGAAUGUGUGCAAUAUUUACAGCAUCCGGGAGGAUUUCGCGUCACAACGAUUAAUGGUGCACCCUAUACAAGUCGAAGACUAGGGUGUGGAACACCAAAAUUCUUCUACAGUGCAUAAGUGCAAGACUUUGUAACAUGAUAUAGUGUCCUUCUAUUAUUUCAACAGAUAUGGACGCUGAUAGCAGCUACGGCGGCAGCGACACCGCUCAAGACUCCCAUUCCGGCCAUGAUAACAGUUCCUCGCUCGAAACCACCCACAAUGACGCCACCCAACAGCAAGAACCUAACAAUUUCUACCACAAGAACGAAAUCACCCUUCCAGUCAACUACGACGAGACGGAUUUCCAGGAGAACAAGACCUCGAAACAGCCCCAUUACCUCUCGACGGCCAAUUUGAACAUUAAUGACACGUUGGAGCAUCACAGUAAUUUAGAGGAGAUGAGCAAGAAUUACAAAAGCACGAGUUAUCUGAACGAAUCGCCGAGGAUAAGGAAAAAAUCCGAGACGGGAGUCGAUAAUCCCGCUUUCCAGGAAGAAGAGUACAAACCGGAAGUCAAGUCGACUUUCGAUAAUAAUAAGCCAUACAAUGGAGACUUGAACUCAUCAGCGAUGUUGGGGCUCACGUCGCCGACCAAAAAUGAGGAACCUUUGACUGAAGCUGUUAAUCUAGAGUUAAUCAAUUUGAAACCUGCGGGAAAAGACGUGACAGGUGCUUACGAAAAUGGUACUAACGGGAUGACUAGCAUUCCGGUGAAGAAAGAAAACGAUGCAGAAAUUGGCAAUCCCUACGAUGAAUAUUUCGUUCCUGUCAAUGAACACCGAAAAUACAUGAGCAAAACGCGAAAAGGUCGCAACAGCGUCACUUUUGCCGAGAUGAUAACUACAUCCGGAGUUGACAAUGCCGGACUGUCCAUAACAGCCCCGGAACAGGGUGUAGUGGAAUACCCCGACUGGCUGACGUCACUUGAAAACACACGAGGAGAAAAAUUAUAUGUUACCAUGGACAAGAGAAAUAAGAAGAAGCGAAACAAGUGUUUGUGUUGGGGACUCUGCCUGUGUAUCGUCGCUGCCGCUGUUAUCAUAGGAAUCUUAGCUGCAGUUGGUGUAAUUGGUAAUCAAGGACCGCCAGGACAAGAAGUAAGUGCGCGUCAUUUCGGUUCAUCGUCAUCUAGUGAGCCGGAAAUUAAAGCCGCUGGGGGAAUUUUUGGACUUCCCAGAGAUAUAGUUAAUGAAACGACGAUACCUCCCGAAGUAAAAACUCCUUUAACUCCGGGUCCUCCUGUUGUUACUGUUUCGAGUGUGUUACCAACUACUGAGACUUCAAUGAUACAAGUUCCUCGGGCUUUAGAAUCGCAAAUAGUGAUAGAUAAUCUUGAGUUUACUCCUGCCUUGGCCGAUAAGAACAGUACUGAAUUUAAAACUCUUGCUGAGGCUUUAGAGACUGAACUGAAAAAUUCCUUAUUUUCUAGUGAUAUGUUAAAGUAUGGUGCUGCAGAUGUCGAAGUAAAAGUUAUGGAUUUUGCCUCCGGAAGUGUAGUAGUAAAAUAUCGAAUUACGUGGGUUUUUAAAGACGGCAUCCAUAAUCCUAAAGAUCCCAUCGAUGAAGAAAUGUUGAAAAGGAAAAUAAGAAAUGUUUUAGACAAAAAUAACGGUUUCUUGAAUGAUUAUCACAUUUCCGAUAAUACUGUCACUGUAGAUAGAAUACUCGAUCAAUGCAAAAUUGAUAAUAAUGGAUGCGAAUUUAAUUGUUCUUUUGAUUAUCAAACAGCAAACUUCAUGUGUUCAUGCCCUACCGGAAAAUAUUUGGCUCAUGACCAAAAAUCUUGUACUGAUGAAGUAAUGGUUCAACCUGAAGCUGAAUUUGAUCAUGUACAUAUUCACUCAACCACAACACCGGAACCAACACAUGAUCAUGAUCACCACCAUGACAAUAAACCUUCAGUUGAACCAGAACCCACAUCUGAACCUGAACCAACGCACGAUCAUGAUUACCACCAUCACUUUGAACCAGAACCCACAUCUGAACCUGAACCAACGCACGAUCAUGAUCACCACCACCACUUUGAACCCUCGGCCGAACCAGAACCUACUUCUGAACCUGAACCAAGCCACGAUCAUGAACCGUCAGCCGAACCAGAACCCACUUCCGAACCUGUACCAACCCACGAUCAUGAACAUCACGUUGAAACUUCAUCUGAACCAGAACACUCAUCUGAACCUGAACCAACUAACAAUCAACAUAACCUUCAUAGCAUACCAGAACCAACCUCUGAGCCUGAACCAGAACCAACAUCAGAACCUGAACCAACGCAUAAACCGGAAGAACCUUCUCACCAAAAUUACGUUCAUUUCCAUGAAGCUGAACCCACUAGUGAACCUAACGCGGAACCAGAACCAACCGCAGAACCUAAACCUGAACCAGUUUCAACAACUAUGAAAGCUGUAGAACAUAAUACUGAAUCUGUCCUUGCACAUGAACCUCAAGUGGUUCCUGAAUCCACUGCAGAGCCCGCUAUAGAACAUAAAACUGAAUCUGUUCUUGCUCAUGAACCUCAAGUGGUUCCUGAACCUACUUCAGAACCCACUGUGGAACAUAAAACUGAAACAAUUCUCCUUCAUGAACCUGAAGUGGUUCCUGAACCCACUUUAGAACCCACUGUGGAACAUAAAACUGAAUCUGCAUCCGAGAUGGUUCCUACAAUGAAACCAAUGGAAACUACAAAAUCAAGUGAGAUUAUUGGAGAGCCUGUAGCUGAACCGACUUCGGAACCUAUUUCAGAACCUGCCUCCGAGCCUGUUGCACAUACUGAGAAUGUUCAUGUUAUUGAACACACUAGUGAACCUGUUGCUGAACCCACUCCGGCACCUGAUGCUUUGGAACACAGUACUGAACACCACGACGAUGCGAAAAUAGUAGCUGUGGUAGAUAUUACAACAACUACCCUACCACCAAUAAAUGUUACUGCUAAAACUGAAGUUGUUACUGAAACAAAUUUAGUAGUUACAACUCAAAAUACAAAAAUGGUUGAAAGUGACACCACACCAAAUGAAACUGCAACCGAAUUAACACCGAUUCAUACGACCGAAACUGAAGCUGUAUCAAGCGAUUCAGAGAAUAAGAUUCACGAACCGGUAACUGUAAGAGAGUACACUUCUGCGAUUACUUCUACAACACCGCGAAAAAACCAUGAAAUAUUUUCCGAAAUUGAAACAACUACACAAGCAAUGAAGGCAAAUGGUGAAAUCACAACUGAGUUAUUUACUAGUCGACCUAGUGUGCAAACGUCUGAAACUCCUCUAUUAAAUUCAGUCGAACAAACAAAUGAUGCAACAACUACACCAAAAGUUGAAAAUUUCGUUACUACUCAAGUGAAUGAUAACAUGUUGGUACCAGUGUUCGUAAAUGGCGAAACUCGGUUACUAGAAGUCGAAAAUAGUACAACUUCUAAAAAUGAAACUCUUUCAGUGCCAAUUACAGUUAAUGAUCAAUCUGUAACACUAGACUCACAGUUGGUGAAAAAUGUAACUACGGAACCAACAGUACUUGAAACUACAGCACAACCCACCGAUAUGACUAAAAUAUUUAGCGAAAUUCACAAAAUAAUGGACCAACAACAUGAACAAUCGACUGAAGUAGUGACAAACGGUACUCAAGUUAAUGUUGCUGUUGUUGAAAGUACCGAAAAUACAAGUGCUAUGGAUAACAUGUCGCCUUUCCUUCCGGAAAUCGAUAAUGAUACCUUUGUUAACAAGUUGCAUUUAGGCGAACAUGUGAUACCACACAUACAGAAUGAAACUCAAGAAGAUGAAACUAUUGAAGUGUUACAAAACCCUCGUCUUGAUAAUGAUCAAAUGAACGUUACAAAUCCUCAAGAAAAUAACCAAAACGAUACAAUCCUCAAAGUUGUACCUCUAGGAGGCAACGAAAAUGAAAUUAUUGCGAAAACUACCCUCAAACCUUUAGUUGAAGUACAAGAAGUUGCAACUACUAUGCGAUCAGAAAAUUUAAACGUUAUGCAAAAUUCGACAGAAACCACGACUGAAACAAUCAGUACUUUACCCCCCGAAAUUAUCAAUAAUGUUCAUAGUAACACUUAUUUUGAUAACAUUGAAAAAGCAUUGCAGUCAAACAGUACCGGGUUUAGUACAAGUACUGAAGACUUGAUUGCUUUAGAAACGACAACUAAUGUAGGAAAAGUGGCCGAAAAUAGAAAUAUCGUUGUUGAUAGUGUAACCGAAUCGUCAAAUAUUCACAACCAAACAGUCCAAGCUGAAAUUGUGGACACAGUAACAGAAAUGGUUCACUUUGCCAACAAUCACAGUGACAGUAAUGUAACACAAACUGAAGUUCCUCUUGUUGUUACAAGCGCGACACCUGAAGCUACUACAAUGUUACCACAAAACAGUACCCAUCACUAUGAAGUUAACGAAGCUUCAUCGGAUAUUACCACAACUGAAAAAUUCUUUGUAACUGUAAAAAGUACCACUGAUAUCCCCAUCGCGAUAAAAUCCAAUGAAGAUUUAUCUGUGGUUCCUCUAGACCCGGAAGAAGAAUCUGAAACUUCAAAAACAAACGAAAAACGCGUUACUCAUGACGCUGCCAAAAACCUUGAAUCGGAAAAUAGUGACAGUCUUAAUGAUAUAUCAGAGGAACACAACAACAUUGUUAAAUAUCACCACGACUUGAAUCAGAUUUCAGAUUCUACAACGAUAAAAACUGACGAAAUUGACACCAAUACCGAAUUGGGGCCAGAAUUGACCAAGCAAGCAAUCAACAAAAAGAAUUAUUUCGAUAAAGAAAAACCCAAAUUUGAGAAAAAAGUCAAGCUCGAAAAAGUGAUAACCACUGUCACUAACGACGAAAUUUUAAAAACUUCGGUACCAAACGACAAACAGUCGCAUCCAUUUAGUGACAUUAAACCAGUAACUGAAGAUUUUUCAAUUUCUGGAUUCACCAGAUGCAGUUUUGGUCAAUUCCAUUGUGUCAACGGUACUUCCAUCAAAGACGGCAGUUACUGCAUCCCUGAAAAUGACCGUUGCGACUCUGUUGGCGAUUGCAGUGAUGCUUCUGAUGAAAUCGACUGUGUCAAAAAUGGGUGUCCCAACAAUUUCCAAUGCGCCAGUGGCCAGUGCUUGAAGAGACACCUUGUUUGUGAUGGCAUCCAGAACUGUAACGACGGUAGUGAUGAAGCCAUUUGUGAACAUUGGACUUGCCGUUUCGAUGAAUUUUCUUGCGGCCAAGGCAGCCGUUGUUUGCCAGUGCAUUGGAAAUGUGAUGGUAGGGCGCAAUGCCCUGACGGUUCAGACGAAUUUAAUUGUCCUUCGAUGUGCAACGAAGAUUCAUUCCAGUGUUUAGAACAAAAUACGUGUGUACCAAAGAGCUGGAAGUGCGACGGCAAGCCCGAUUGCAUGAAUGCUGAGGAUGAGAAAUCUUGCGAAUGUGCAAGCGACGAAUUCAAGUGUGCCAUCGGUGGAGGUUGCAUCAAAAAAGACCAAACUUGUGACGGAAUCGACGAUUGUGCUGAUAAGUCAGAUGAAUGGAAUUGUCUGCGAUUUGACCAAGACAAGAAAUAUUUACAAGUCAAUGUUAUGAACACUACAUGGUCUCCUGUUUGUUCCGACAACUGGAACCAAACCCAUUCUGACCUUGUUUGCCGCCAAAUGGGCUACGGAGGUUCCGUUUCCACAGAAUCGGUAGAAGCGCCUGAAGGCUUGUUUAAGGAAUAUUACAAAUUGAUACCACAAGCGGUAAUAAAGUCGCCAAUAUUGUCACAACUCCAAAAAGCAGAUACUUGCGAAUUCAUUGUUUCAAUCACCUGUCAAGAAUUUUCGUGCGGAAGCCAUUCGAGUGUUGACGUACAAUCGGCUCGUAUUAUUGGCGGAAAUCGAGGGGCUGAUUCACAGUGGCCCACUUUGACUCUUCUCUACAACCAAAAACUUAAUCUCCAAUGUACUGCCACUCUCUUGACCCCAGUUUGGGCCAUGGCUAGCCACUCUUGCAUCUUUAGUUCUUCACGUCCUCCGGUACCAAAUGAUUGGAUUUUGUACGCUGGAAGUACCAACUUUUUCAGCAAUCCGGACAAUUCCACCACACAAGUGGAGCAAAUCAAACGAAUUGUGUCACACCCACAGGCCAAAUAUUCGCAGUUUGAGUUUACAAAUGACGCAGUUUUGGUCGAGCUUAGCAAACCUCUGACAAUGACCAGAAAUGUCAGUGCUAUGUGUUUGCCUGACAAAGAUAUAGAACCAAGACAAUUAUGUGUGAUUGCCGGUUGGGGUGUCAGCAAACCGGGAGAACCAAACAAAAAUCAGUACCUCCACUAUCUACCAGUUCCAAUAAUUGAUUCAAAAGAGUGCAAUUCGACCAAACACUACAAUGGUUUGAUGAGUAAAGACAAAAUCUGUGCUGGUUAUACAGAUUCUGAGAAAACCCCGUGUUAUAAUGAUGAGGGGGCCCCCUUGAUGUGCUUCUCGGACAGCAGCAGCACGUGGGAACUACAGGGCAUCCUCAGCCACCACGAUAACUGUGCAAGAAGUAAACACCCUGCAAUUUACACUUCGAUAAAUGACAAAAUGAGACGAUGGGUGAUAAAUACGAUAGGACAAAAACCAUCAAGGAAUGCAUAAUCGUGAUUUUGUAUAGACUCUGUAAUAUACACUAGUUUUAUAAAUUAAUUCUAACGGAUAAUCAUAUUUAGCUCAAUUAAGUACUACAUUCCAGAAGACAACUAACUUCCAUUUUUACUUGAACGCAAAAGUGGAAACUAGUCAAUAAAUUUAACCGAUUUGUAGUAUGUGGUUUAGAGUAAGUUUAAAUACCGUUAUGCGAGUAUUUUGGUACCAUUUUUAAUACUAUUGUAAAUAUUGUAUAGUUAAGUUACUCUAUUAUUAUUUUUAUUUUAUUCCUGUUAUUCGUUACAUUUCAUUUCUUACGUAAUUCUAUUUGAUUUAGUUCGAGGUCGAAAUCCGUCCAAUAAAUUAGAAAAAAAAAUACAAUUUGUUUUUUUGUACGUUUUCGCUAGUCACACAUUCUUGUGCCAAUAUGCAAGCAUCGGUGACGGUAAAGACCAUGUAAAUACAUUUUUUAUUAUUACGUAGUAACAGACCUCCCUUCGUUAGUGUUGUAGUGAUAAAUUUUAUCUAAAUAAACUAAACAACAA